CCGCAAUGAAGAGAAGUCAGUGAGCCAGUCAUUUCCAGAUUUCCUGAGGACAAACAUGCUAUGGAGGGAGAGAGAGUUGUGUUUAGGGUCAAAGUGAGUGGAGUACCCCACCCCAAACUGACGUGGUACCACAACGGAGUAGAGGUGGCGGCGGACUACUCCAGGGAGCUGGGGGAGGACGGGACUCUGUCAAUGCCUUCUGCUGAGAGCAAGCACAGCGGAGUCUACAAGCUCCUGGCCGUCAACAGAGCCGGGAGCAUGGAGAAAGAGGUGAAGCUGUUUGUGAAGAGAGAGGGAGAGCCUUCGCCAUUUGUGGCCAGGAAACAGAUCAGCUUCUCUCCAAUUCUCGUGGACAACUUUGGUCAGUACGUGGCCAGUGGUCAUGACAACGACAACCGAGUCUUCAGGGACCAGUAUACCGAACUGGAUAGGGAUGCAGACCAUCCAAAGACCAUUGGGACAAGUCAAGAACUGAAGCUCCUCAACAGAUUUGGCAACAUCACCGUCUAUGACAACAACAGGAUUGCCCUGAGGCCAAUUGAAGGCCAUGCAGACUGCCAGAGAGACUUUAUCAACGCCUGCUAUGUGGAUGUAGGUCAUCUCUUUCCACACAAUGCCAUACUCACUGACCCCCCCACACACACACACCACCACCAGGGCUACAAGUUCAGAAACAAAUUCAUUGCCACUCAAGGUCCCCUACCAAAGACAGUGGUUGACUUCUGGAGGCUGGUCUGGCAGGAGAAACCCCCCACCAUUGUCAUGGUGACCAACCUGAAGGAGGGGACCAAGAUCAAGUGUCAGCAGUACUGGCCCGCGAGCGGGACAAGAAACUUUGGACCGUUCCAAGUCACCAUCUCCGAGGAGCAGACUCUGGCUGACUACACCACACGAACUCUGCUGUACAGGUAUCUGAAGGGAAGUUCAGAGCGUGCACUGAAGGUGACCCAGUUCCACUUCACAGCCUGGCCUGACCACGGAGUGCCCGACUAUGCCACACCCAUCCUGGCCUUCCACAAGAAGAUCAGGAAACAGCACAGGCCGUCUAAAGGCCCACUCUUAGUCCACUGCAGUGCUGGAGUGGGUAGGACGGGGACACUCAUCACCAUAGACAGAGUCCUGGAUCAGAUCGCAAAGGAAAAGAUGGUGGAUGUUGCGGGGGUCGUCCAACACCUCAGAGGACAGAGGAUGAAGAUGGUGCAGAACCCAGAACAAUACAUCUUCAUCCACGAUGCUAUUCUUGAGGCAGUCACCUGUGGAGACACUCAGAUUGGAGCCAGUGACCUGCGGAGGAGCAUACAGAUCCUCAGUAGGAGGGACCCUAAAACCAGUAUGACUGGUUUUGAGAGCCAGUUCAAGGCAAGUUUCUCUUGCCAUCUCCCACACCAGGUCCUGGAGCAGGUGUCUCCUCGGCCGGACCAGGUGCCCAGGGAAAAGGCUCUGGACAAUCCCACAAAGAACCGCAGCGACGAUUUCUUGCCAGGUGAUCGCUGGAGAGUGGUUCUGAAAGGAGAGACGGAAGACUAUAUACAUGCUGUGGCUGUGAAUGGCUACAAGCAGCAGAGAGCCUUCAUCAUAGCUCAGAGUCCCAUGCAGUCCACUGCCAGAGAUUUCUGGAAGACGGUCUAUGACAGGAAGUGUGGAGUGUUGGUGAUGCUGUGUGACCUGGUGGAGAGUGGGAAGGAUGUGUGCUACAAGUACUGGCCCAGCUCUGGGGUCCAGCAGGUGGGAGAGUACACUAUUGACAUGCUGGGAGAGGAAAAGUUGGAGGGAUUUACCAUAAGAACCUUCGGAGUCCUCCACAAGAAGACGAACAAGAGUCACCAGGUGCAGCAGAUCCACAUUCAGGGCUGGAGACCAGACGGUCAGUGCUCCAACCUGGGUACCAUCACAGCUGUCAUCGGAGAGGUGACCAAGAUACAGCAGAGGACUGGGAACAACCCCAUACUCGUACACUGCAGUGAUACAGCAAGCAGGUCGGGGAUGUUCUGUGCCAUAGCCACCACCAUUGAGAGGUGUAAGACAGAGGGAGUGGUGGAUGUGUUCCAGGUGGUCAAGGCUCUCCGUGUACAGAAACCUGGAGCUGUACGCACUGUGCUGGUGGGCAGUUCCCGGAGCUCACUUCGAGUCACCCACUUCCACUUCACAGCCUGGCCUGACCACGGAGUGCCCGACUAUGCCACGCCCAUCCUGGCCUUCCACAAGAGGGUGGUGAAGGAACACCCGACUGGCAAGGGACCUAUUAUGGUCCACUGCAGUGCUGGAGUGGGCAGGACAGGGACAUUCAUCACCAUAGACCAUGUUCUGGAGCAGCUUGGCAAGGAGAAUGUGGUGGACAUUCCUGGAGUCAUCAACAAGAUCCGCCACCAGAGGAUGAAGCUGGUCCAGACUGUGGACCAGUACAUCUUUAUCCACAAUGCCAUCUUGGAGUCUGUGACGUGUGGAGACACCCAGAUUGCCUCCAGCGACCUGCGACGGGCCAUUCAACAGAUGGGAGACAAGGGAUUCGCCCACCAGUUCGCCGUGCUGGAGCAGAUGAGUCAAAGACCCGAUGAGGUCACUGCCAACUUUGCUGCCAGAAACCCUGACAGAAAUCGCUCACAGGAAUUCCUGCCAGCUGACAAGUGGAGAGUGGCUCUGAGAGGAGACCAUCCUGACUACAUCAAUGCCGUUUUCAUCAACGUAAGCAACCGUAACCUUAAUUCAUGGCUACAAGCAGCAGAGAGCUUCAUCAUAGCUCAGAGUCCCAUGCAGUCCACUGCCAGAGAUUUCUGGAAGAUGGUCUAUGACAGGAAGUGUGGAGUGGUGGUGAUGCUGUGUGCAGACCUGGUGGAGAGUGGGAAGGAGACAUGCUACCAGUACUGGCCUUCCAGUGGCACCCUCACAGUUGGAGAGUUCAAAGUUGAUCUUCUGGGAGAAGAGUUGAUGGACAACUCUGUUCUCAAGACCCUCUCUGUCACUCACUCUGAGGUGGUCAAGGCUCUCCGUGUACAGAAACCUGGAGCUGUACGCACUGUGAUGCAGUACAAGACUAUAUUUGAAGCAGUUUUGGUAUUUCUGGACUCCUUUGACACUUACGCUAACUUUUAGUAGUCAUAACGCAACACCAUUACGUCAUGUCAGUUAUAUUUUAGCCGACAAACCGUUAUUGUAUCUGCGCAUGCGCCAAGCUGAUAUUACUCCGCCGGCCGGCGAAUGUGUGUGCCUGAAACCGCCGUGAAACCGAGUUGCAGAGCGUCAUCAUGGAUGUACUAGUUCGUGUCUUGUUAGCUGCUGUUCUGUGUUGGAUGACACUGCGGGUAAAAGGACUGACUAUAACUGUGAAUAAUAGGCAGAACAGUAUGUCCGUUUCUAAUGACAAUAUGACGAGGAUCAGUGUGUAUUUCUUUGCGUUUGAGAGUUCAAAUAGUAAUUUCGGCAGAGCUAUGAGGUGUCAGUCUGAACUCAUGUUUAACGGAAAUGGUGGUACUGUUGGAUGUCAUGUUGGUGAUGGAGACACUCCAGUCAAUUGUAGUUAUCCAGAACCAGAGUACAUAGCGUUUACUCCUAGUGAUUGUUGUGUAAGGCGAGGUUGGAGUGGAAGGAGAGAAAACGAAGGUGGUCGUAGAGUACACUACUUGUGGAGAAGGAUGGAAACUCCAGAGGAAGGAUAUAUCAACUGUCAUUUUCCUGAUGACAUUAACCCUGUAUUAGGACUGUAUGUCCUCUACCCCAUCACUGAGGUAACUGCAGCUAUUGAGGUGGAGGCAGGAACAUCGACAUUCAGAGUGAGGUGUACCUCCACUGGUGGUAGAGCUCUCAACAUGGCCGUCUCUGGACCUAAUAGAUACAACUCUGACAUCAGUACCAACAUACAGGCAGUUGAUACUCCACUGUUUCUGAGUAAUGACAGGUACACUGCCAGGACAGAUGUCAUGUCCAGUGGCAUGGGUGGAGAUGAAUUCAAGUGCAAUGUCACUAGUGUUGACUCAAUGACUGAUGUUGUAACUGUGGAAGUUGCUACAGCUCCAACCCUCGAUUCACUGGUUCAAACAGCUCCCACUGCCGUCAGAGUGACCUGGAGUCCACCCUCUGAAACCUCAAUAACUGGCUACAGAGUCCGCUACUCUCUUUCUGGUGGAAGUGUGACUAUGACUGAUAUUAUGAGCUCUACAACUAGAGACAUCUCUGGUCUCACUAAUGGAGAGACAUACACCUUCUCAGUAGAGGUUAUCACCAGUAACAGGCUACCUGGAGUAUCGGAGGAGAUGACUAUUACACUGGCUCCUGACACUCCUGAAGGUGUGUUGACUGCUGCAGAAUCAUCCUCAGUCACUGUGUCCUGGGGGGCAGUGGAUGAUGCUGACAGAUAUACUGUCACAUUCUCUAUGGCUCAGGGAACCAAUCAGGAGGGACUAUGUCUACUGACUCUCAUAC